AUGAUCGCGCAGGCGGCGAUGAAGAUGGGAGUGGCGCCGACGGUCAACGAUGCGACGGUCGGGUACGAGGUGCUCGCGGAGCUGACGCGCAAGGUGAUGCGUGCGUUCUACGACGGGCCGUCGAUUGUGCUGAUGGACAUGCUGCUGGCCAAGGCGCCGAUCAAGGACGACGACCUCAGAGAGCUGAUGAAGUUCCAGAAGAAGCAGCUGACGAUGUAUCUCAAGCCGCUGGAGCUGGAGCGGAUGGUGACCAAGAAGCGGAUCACAGCCGAGCCCGAGCUCGAGUUCAAGGAGGGCCACGAGUACACGAUUGCUGACUUUAAGGGGACAGCCAACGACUACUAUUGGAUCAACUUUAAGGGCGUGGUCGACGCGGUGACGUACCGGUUUGUCAAGAUGAAGAAGCAGAUGGAAGAGGCGAUCACGGCGGUGGCGCGGUUUGCCUUUGAGUGCAAGACGUGCGGCAAGAAGUUUGGCGACAUGGAGGCGGCGACGGGCCACUUUCGGUGUGCACGAUGCGGGGUUCGGCUCGAGCGGAUUGACGCCAAGACCGAGCACGCGUCGCUGCUGGCGCGCGAGAAGCGGCUCAACGAGCAGCUGGAUCCCAUCGGGCGGCUGCUUGAGCAAACGCAGCAGUUUACCUGGCACGUCGACGCCGACGGCAACAAUGCCAUCCUCACCGAGGAGGAGCUCAAGUGGAAGCUCAACGAAGAGGAGGAGACACGGCUGCGGCAGGUGCGGCAGGCCAAGCUCGGCAUGGGCGCGCAGCGGAUCACGGUCGACAUCCGGCCGUCGUCGGCACACGCCUCGCGCGAAGCCGGCGGCAUGACCGAGCUGCCGGCGUGGAUGGUGGCGCCGGCCGUCCCGCCGCCGUCCGAGACCGAUCCGCAGAUCAAGGUCUCGCGGUUUGCCAUUGCCAACGAGGACCUUGUCCUCCGCGAGGCGCGGAUUCAGGCGCGGGCGCGAACGGCGGCGGCGCAGGGCACCACCGUCGACGUCUCGCAGCUCGAGCUUGGCGGUGGGCGCGAGUCGGCGCUCGCCCGCUCGCAGCGGCUCGUCCGCAAGCUCGACGAGGUCCGUGUUCGCGGCGCAAGCAGCAGCGACGCCGGGCGGGCACGGCGGCCCAGUGCGCGCCGAUGGAGCUCGAGAGCACGAGCAGGCCACAGCCGCGGGCCGGCCCGAGGGCCCGCGGCCCUGUCGUCACCUUUGUCGAGAUCUCGCCCGACGGCGCACCGGUCAUCGAGCAGACGACCGAAGACCUCGAGCUCGAGCGCGAGCUCGACUCGAUUUUCCAGGCCCAUGGCCGUAAGCGGCGGCGGGCCGGGCAAGCCGACGGAGUGGCGCAUAUGGACGAGGCCGGCGAGUACGACGACGAGUACGACGGUGGCGGCGAGGGCGAGGACGACGAGAACGAGGGCUUUGAUCCGUCGACGGCCACCGUCAGCGUGUGCGGGCAAGCAGUGGUGGUGGACCAAGUCACGCCAGCGCAGGUUUCUGCCAUGA